UUGAGUUAGCUCCAAAAAUCAAAAUCCCUAACCAACCAGAGAAAGGGAAGCUUCAUUUAACCCUUUGUGUUUGCAGAGAAACUGUAAUCGAAGAUGGUGAAGGUGCGAAUGAACACCGCGGAUGUGGCCGCAGAAGUCAAAUGCUUGCGCCGGUUAAUCGGAAUGCGUUGUUCCAACGUUUAUGAUCUUUCCCCAAAGACUUAUGUGUUUAAGCUAAUGAACAGCAGUGGAGUUACUGAGUCAGGGGAGAGUGAGAAGGUUUUAUUGCUCGUGGAAAGUGGCGUUCGUUUGCAUACCACUGAUUAUCUUCGGGACAAAAGUAACACACCAUCUGGAUUUACGCUCAAAUUGAGGAAGCAUAUAAGGACAAGAAGGCUGGAGGAUGUGCGGCAACUUGGUUAUGACAGGAUAGUUCUCUUUCAGUUUGGACUAGGUGCCAAUGCUCAUUAUGUUCUAUUAGAACUAUAUGCCCAAGGAAAUAUACUCCUUACGGAUUCUGACUUCAUGGUUAUGACUCUCCUACGGUCACACAGGUAGAUUACUUCCUUUAUUUUGCUAACUUUUUCUCCUUCAGCUGAACAUGUCUAUAUAAUGAAUCCUCGUGAACAUGUAAGCAGACAAUAUACGUUUUCUGUUGCCACUUUUCAUUCAGUUCCCCUUUCCUUAUGAAACUCUCCCAGAAGAUUGCUGAAGAUGAAGCCUUUUGGAUGGAUCAGCUAUUUAGUUCAGUUGGGAUUCUCUUUAACAAGCAAAAACUGUUUGAUACUGCUGCCUAUGGUUAAAUGGAUGACUCAUUUGGUGAUCUUCUUCUGGAAUUUAAAAAGAGCGGAUUUAAUCCCUUUAGGCUAAGACGAGAGAGAUAUCUUGAUAAAAUUUUCUUUUUCCAGUGAGCUGCAUCAACUUAAAUGUUGAGUACAAAAUUAACAAGCCAUAAACCUAGAGAUCUUUGCUGUCUCUGGCAUCCUCAAGAUUUCGUAACUAAACCUUUUUGCUAACUACUGCGAAUAUUACCAUUGAUAACAACAAAUAAACAGAAUACUUAAAGAACACAUAAUCCCACAACCACCUUGUAGGAAGGGUGAAGUGAAACUUAGGCCUCAAGACAAGUCACUAGUUACACAGUAAACUUUGGAAAAAAACCUCUACAUCUAUUCACUCUCUUAGAAAGUUUAAGUAAAUCUAUCCUCUCUACAAUUUCCUUCUUAAUCUGUGUGACUACUACCUCAGUAUGGCAUUUACUCCUUUAAAUAAUUUCCAAUUCCUAGCUCUCAUAUAUGAUAGAUCAUAUCUCCCCGGAUUGCUGCUAUCACCUCCUCCUUGAAUUGCUUCCAAUGCUUCCUUUUGAUGCUGCCUAGGAUUUGUUGUAGCUAUCCAACUUGUAUUUUAAUACCAGCCCAUUGCAUAAAUGGUUUCCUAACAGUUUUUGUCCAAUUGCAAUCCACAAACAAGUGCUGCUUAGAGUAUCACAUAAGCAGCAUCUCAUAUCUUCCACAGGAAUAUGUAAUUUGAGUAAUCUUUCCUGUGUGAGCAGCCUUCCUUGAACAGCCAUCCAUACUAUAAAUCUAUGUUUUGAUUGAGCUACUCCACUCCAAAUGAGUUCAGCAAUCUCCAGCCUUCCAUGGGUCCCAAUAAUGGAAAUGUAACUUCUGUUAUAGAAUAGUUCCUCCAGGAGUUAGGAUGUACCUCCCUUGCUUAUACCAAACCUGCAUGUCCUCUUUCAGGAAGUUUAGUUUCUUCCAGUACCAACUGCAGUCUUGUGGAGCUUUAUGUAUCCAUAUGUUUGAGUCAGUCUUCUUGCUAGGGCAUCCUUUUUUGUAAUUAUGGGGGACUUCACAAUUUUAGUGAAGUCUUAUAUCAAUAUACAACUAUGUUACCUUUU